UAUUGACUCUAGUGCCAGUCCCUCUCUGUGGACCUAAUCCAAGAUGGCGCCUCCAACAAGAAGACGAACAACACAAAGAGGAAGCGAUGAAAAUGAACCAGAACAGGUGCAAUUGGAGGGCGAUUUCUUUGAGUUUGCGUCAUCAACGUGGUAUGCCUUAAUUCUAUCUGCUGUGACCUUAUUUUGGAUGGUUUGCUUUCAUCCUGACCUUAUUCCAUAUUCAUCUCUUGGUCCCAUUGGGAACUUCCUUUUCUACCUCAAAGACAACUAUGCAAAGGCUCUUGAAGCUGGUUUCAGAAUAAUGGUUUUGAUCCAUGCUACAGAAGCUUUUGCAUCAUACAGAUUGUGUAGGCAGCUGAAAUUUUCCAUGAAGACAACUAUGAAGUGGACAAUACAAACCCUCUUUCUUGGCUUCGCAUCGUUUGGAAUCAUUCUUAAAUAUUAUAAUUCUAGGCAUAAUGUUCCACAAGAGAAGGAAAAACAUUCAUAAGUAUUUAAUCAUGUAGUCAUUAUAGCAAUGAUCAGGGAUUUUAAACUCAAAAAAAAACAUUCAAUUUUCUAUGGUUCAGAUAAUUCCAUUGUAGCAUCAUGUUGUGUGUGUGUGUGUGUCUGUUUGUUUGUUUAAUUUUAUAAGUCUGUAUUCGUGAUUCUUGGGUGUUGGGAUAAAUGAUCAAGGCAAGGCUGAUCAGCAAUGUCUAGUUUUGGUAGAAGACACAAUUUGAAUGAAGAGAAUGAAUGUUACAUGGGUAACAAUAACUACAUCAAUUUGCACUAUGACUGACAUCAGUGCUGUAAAUAUGCUGCACUUAACCUCAUAAAGAAAUCAUACUCAAUGCUUUCUUUGAUUAUGAUUUCUGGGUUUGUGAGGUGCAGGAAAUAACAUCAUCAGAUAAACAGGCUAGCUCAGGGACUAAGUGGGAGGGAUGUCCUCCCACCUUCCUGGACAGCUUUGUAAUAUGGCUAACUACUUCCUGGUGCUUGUACUCAUUAAGGUCAGAUUUAAAACACCUCAGGUCAUUAAAUAAUGCUGCUCCUAAUCCAGUGUAUGUUUUUGUCUACAUGCAAGAUAAUAAAAUGUUGAAUAAGAGAUUUAA